CAUCUAUAUAAACAAAGAACAGAGUCCUCUCUCUCGCACCACUCUUCCUUCUCGUUCUUGUUCUGCCUCUCUCUCAAGAAAUAAGAUGGCUUUUACGGAUGAUCUUCCUCCACAGCUUGCGAAAGAUGUCAAGAGAAGAAGCAAAAAAAGAAGAAGCGUUAAAAGUAAAGACGUUGAAGUACUUGUCAGCGUCGCUACAAGAGCCGCUCAUAUCGCAAGAGACAAAGGUUUCCACGUCGUCUCUCCCGAAGCAAUACGAUGCGUCGAUGUUCUCAGAAUGAUGAGAAGCAUGCCUCUAACUCCUCGUCUCAUCACCAAAACAAAUGUCUUGCGCUCUCUUCAGUUCCUCGCCACGAAUGGUAACCCUAAAAUCAGAUCAGAGUCUAAAUCCGUUCUUUAUCACUUAAAGGGGGUUCUAGCAAGCAGUUGAAGAGAGAGAGUGUUUUGCUUGGAAGACACGAAGCUUGCUUGAAGAAGAUCGAGUAUAUAUAAAGACUAGGGUUUAAUUUUCCGAACAGUGUUUUAUAACGAAUUUUUGUAAUGAAUCGCGAAUGUAGAGUAUAAUACUUUUGUUGUUGUUCUUG